GCCCUGGCCUGCAACCUUGGAAGGCAACACCCGGAUUGCAAGCUCCUAUCUUUGUACAGGCACACGUUUGGUUAUCUAGCCAGGAGCUGCCCAACUCCUUCCGCUCCGAGAUAUCUUGCCCUUUUUUCAGACUGAACUCGCGUUCUUUCCAUUGCAAAUCACCCUUGUUGAUCUUUACAAUUGGCGCAUCUCGCACAAAGAGAGUUACAUUGCCUUUGUAAAUGGCGCCAGUAAAGGAUAAGAGAUUCCUGCCUGAGAUAUGGGCUUUGUUCUCUAUCGGCGUAUUGUGGGUCGUGAUGCGCUUCGCAGUGCGAAUCCGGACGGUCGGCAUCCGUGGCCUGCAGAUCGACGACGGAUUUGCCUUUAUAGCGGUCGUAUGCUGGGCUAUCAUCAUCAUGGGCAUACACAUCACGUAUUUCACUGGCACGAACGUGGAUUUUUCGGCAACAGAAGUGUGGGGCUUGAAUGAAGAUCAGAUUGAGCAGGCAUCAUUUGGGUCAAAACUAUACAUCAUCACGUUGUACGCGUACAUUUCGAUGAUAUUCAGCCUCAAAGCAGUCGUCAUCAUCCUUUAUCGGCGGCUAGCCUUCGGAAAUUGGCAAAAGUUAUUGCUGAACUUCACAGUAGCGGUAUGUGCUAUUGGAUGGAUAUCCACGACUCUGAUGCUGAGUCUCAUGUGUCUUCCCUUCAAGAGAAGAUUUAUCGUCCGACCACUCCCAGACGACACGUGCACGGCAUCUUCGACCUUCUUCAUUGCUAUCAGCUGCUUCAACGCAUCCACAGAUGCGCUUUUAUUGACUGUACCACUUCCGAUGCUUUGGACGUUGCGAAUACCGCUCCUUCGACGAAUUGGAGUAUUUCUAUUGCUCGCGUCCGGCAUCUUUGUCAUGGCGGCGUGCAUCAUCCGUGUCACGUUGACAGUUGUGCCAAACAUCACGAUCCGCAUCAUCGCUCGUUGGGGCGCUCGAGAGCUAGCCAUUGCUCUUGUCGCUGUCAACACCGCUAGCCUGCGUCCGAGUAAGUGCAUAUUGGGGCUAAACUUCGAUCUUGAUAUCAGCACCUGACAUAUGUUCUCAGUGUUCCGCGCCUCUUUUUGGUUA